CACCAAGAAACCAAUUUUCGCAGAGGAUUCCGUGUAAAUUUACUCUUUUCUAAACUGAUUUUGGUGAAAGAUGACAUCUGAGUCCGAGAAUUUCGAGAGGUCAGAGCGGGAGUAUUAUGACCCUACCCACGCCUUCCAAGGGCGCAAUGUUGGCAGAACUGAUACUCCAGAGACCAUGCUAACAGAUUAUCCACAUAGACCAGGACCAGAUAUUUCCAUUACUUGUGAAAAAUGUAAAUCUUACAUUCCACUUACACAGCUGAAAGAACAUCGACAGUUUCACAGUGCUUUAACAAAACUGAGGUAUGGAACAGAAGAACCAAAAAAUUCAGAUACGUUGUUGAAACGUAGGAAUUUUGUUCUGAGGAAAAUGAAAGCUGCAGCAACAAAGGACAAGCCGGUAACUCCACAGCAGAUUGAAGAAGUCAAUGAUGCGUAUGAAUAUUUGAAAGCUCUGCUUGAUGGGAAUUAUGAGGAACUACGACAGGUUAGAGAAGAUGUGAACGCGCAGGUGGGUGGGGUGUCAUUGAACUGUAGUCCAGAAUGCGUUUAUGCUGUCGGCAUUGCAGCAAGCGCUAAUGAGAGGUGGAAAUCAUACAUGGAAGAUGCAAGGACAUUUCAAGACUGUUUCGGCGAGGAUAAACAUAAAUGUUUCUUUGGAUUGUAUGAUGGUUACCAUGGGAGAUUUGCAGCUGAGGUUGCUGCCAGCGAACUGCAUAAAUUGUUACUUAGUGAAAUGAUAAAGUUUGACCCACGGACAAAAUCCGUCCUGGCAGGAAACUUGUUUGGUGAAACGGACAUCUCGCAUUACAAGUUUGAAAGGCCUGAUACAACACAAAGUGAAAGGGCAAUGUUGUAUGAUGAAAGCGUUGGAAUUAUUCAAAAUAUCAUCAAUAUUUGUGAGGACAAAUACAAUGAACUGAUCAAGAAAAUGGAUAAUUCUCCAGAAAAUAGCGUAAAAGAUGACGAGACAGACAACCUAGAUUCUUCACGAAAAAAGAAAAAGGAGAAAUCGCCUUUUGAGCGAAAGAUGGAAAGUGCGUUUUCAAAGGCAUAUUAUUUGCUAGAUAUUUUGUUAUCCUAUGGAAAAGAUGAGAAUUCGAAAAUAAGAUGGAGUGGAUGCUCAGCUGCCACAUGUGUUAUACAGGAUGUACCUAAAUCUGACAUUGCAAAAGAUAGUGGAGAUGAGUGUGGACAAGAUGCAGACAGUGAAAUUAGUGGACUAGCUAGUGGUCUAGAACCUCCAAAGACUGUUGGAACCAUCCAUGUAGCUAAUGCCGGUAACGUACAUGCAGUUUUAGUGCGAGGAAACCGGGCAUAUUCACUGACCAAGGACCAUACUCCCAGCAACAAAAAGGAGAAAAAUAGGAUCCUAAAAGAUGGUGGUACUCUCAGUGACAGCACUAAGGAAUGUCGUGUGAAUGGAGUUCUCCUGACCACCAGAGGCCUGGGUAACCAUGGUGAUAAAACUCUGAAGAAAUGUGUGCUAGUUGAACCACAUACAGCUAGUGUACCAGUCGACCAGUAUGCUCAGUUUCUAAUUUUAGCAACAAGAGGAGUAUGGGAGGUAUUCUCUGAAAAAGAGGCAGCCUCACUUCUAAUUAAGCUACUACCUAUCAACCAGAUACCUGCACCAGGUAGGGUCAACUCCACACUGAAACCGCUAUUAGAGGAAAUGAACAAACGUCCAUCUUCCCAAGAAUCAAUGUCAAGAAAGGUCUCGUUCUCUAGUAACGGUUCUCCCGCUCGCAAAAAGAGUGCCGAGUUUGUCUUUGGAAACAGACAGAGGAGCGCAACUUUGGCAUCUGUAGCAGAAAGUCAGCAGGAAGAAGGGAGCAGCAAGUCGGGUCACGGGUCAGAGAAGGUCACUGACAAAAGUCACAAUAAAGGGCAAAUUGGGAAUGAAGAGAAGAAACAAAGCUUGAAAAAUAGUUCCUCAGGGGAUGAAAAAAUAGGGAGAAUGGAUAGCGGAUCAAGGUCAGGAAGUGCAAGUAAUGACAAAGGUCAAAGGUCAGAUAAUGGUAGUUCGAAGGGUUCUGAGGACAAGAGGUCAACUGAAGCAACAACCAACCAAACACAUUCCACACCGACUGGUUCACCAUCAAAGGAAUCUAGUAACAAGCGAUCUCGGAGGUAUGUUGACGCUGACAUGCAGACGGAGAUUGGCAGUCGUCAUGGUGAUGACUCAGACGAUUCUGGAAACGAGGCUGAUGUUGAUUCAUAUCUAGAAAAUGUAUCAUUCCCUGGUAGUAUAUCGAGAAUUUCCAUGGUUGAUGGGCCCCCAUCACGUGAGCAGAUGCAACGUAGACAAGCACAGAUUAUGGCACAACAUUUAGUUCAAGCAGCGUUACUUGCUGGAGCUAAAGAUAAUGUUACAGCUAUGGUUGUACUUUUGCCUGGGAGUGGUCUUUGAGAUUUGUGUAUAAAUAUCACUAUAAGACUUUAUCCAGUACUGUUACUGAUAUAUAUAGCUUUUGUCAAAAUUUAUUAAUUUUGUUAGAAUUUAUUUUUGUUUUAAAAGUACUGAGGUUGUAAUGAAAACUUAAUGUUUACUGUUGUCAAGUUCUGUUGGCUAAUGCAUUCUUGCAGUCAGCCUACAGUUACUGUAGCAUAUCGUGGUAACUCAGUAUGUUAUGUGCGUAAGAGGUUACCAUAGCAAGUUUAAUUCCUGGGCGUCAUAAAUUUGGACAGUACAAUUAACUGUUAAAAGGGGGGCAUACCAAACAUAUACUGACUGAAUGGCGAACAGUGCAGGUCAGGAUCAGACUGCACUGACUGAUCAUGAUUUGCACUGGUUGCAAUGGCAGAAUCAAUCACGUCCAGCAUGAUAAGGGUUAAUAAUUCUACAAUAUGAGAUACAGCUGAUGUCUGAUUGGUGUAACAGUUUAUUUCUUGUUUUAUAUAAUCAGGGUACUUCUAGCCUAGUAUUAAAUUUUUUAGAAUUUAUAUUUUUAGGUUACAUUUAUAUUUUUAUAGUAUUUAUUGCAUAAAAUUAAUUGUUGCUUUUAAAGAAUAAGAUAUGUUUUUAUUGAAGUUUUAAACUCCAGUAUUACAAUUAUAUUAGCCUUAUUUUGUUAAGUACUGAUUUCAUGUAAAACUGUUAUCUCUUUUGUUACUAAAUAAAUUUGACUCAAACACUAUCAACCUUUGGGGUAUUAAUUGCUCCAGCAAUAGCUAUAGUUUCCACAGGUACUAAACAUAAAAUAAUCUACAGCUCUGAGAACUGAUUGAAAAAAUGAACACUAAGCAGCUCAACAUGAUAGAGGUCUGUGGGAAAGUCAAACUUUUGAGGGCAUUUUCUUACUUAAUUGAUAGACUGAAUUACCUCUGUAGGCUUUACAAUUUAAAUAGAGGAUAUUACAUGAGUGUCUUUUCAUAUUGAAUUUAUUAAACGAGUUGAAUAAAAUAAUAAAGUGCGAAGCUCUACCGAGCAUUUCAUCAAUUUUAUUCAUGACAACAAGUUUAAUAAAUUCAAUAUGGAAAGUCACAAAUGUAAUAUUCUUUUUAUAACAUGUUAGCUUUUCCUGCUGAAACACCAUUAAUUCUACUUUCUUCAACUAUAAUAAACAAGUCAAUCUGACCAACGUUUCCUUACUUUAAAUGACGUUGAUGUCAGAGCUUUAUUACACUAGUGUGUUAUCUUUUUUAUUUAAUGGCUUUAUUACACUCCCGCGACAUCAGACAUGUGAUAAAGUAAAAUUAUUUACUGUUUUUGUAGCAUCUAGUAAAGUCCUGAAGGAGUUAUCAAUAUAUCGUACCCAUGAAAUGUCAUAAGCAGUGUGUAAUUUUGUUAUGGACAAUGCUAUGUUUUUAAUAAUCUGGGCUUUAAUUCAUGCCCUUUUUUUUUUAAGAUUUGAAGUGAAUAUGAUUAACCCAAUUUAAGAUUAUCAUUUCAGUUAGUGACAAUACACCACUUUUGAGGAUUUUUUUUGUAGCGAAGUCUAACACAUUUUCUGUAAAUGUUUUAUAUUGUUAAAGUUUGAAGUUUCGUUUUGAUAAUGCAUUUAGAAUAUACAGUCAUGUACACAAGAUUUUGUUUUUGUUACCACGAUUAUUUAGUUCUGUUUGUUUGAUUUAUUCUUAACCUUUACCCCGCUAAAAUUCUAAAAUGGACUGGUCCAUCUUUCAAUUUGGGCAGUGCCAUUUAUUAUUUGAAGGUGUGUUUACUGAAAAUCUACUUAGUGAAAAGCAAACAGUGCAGACCAUGAUCAGCAUGCACUGAUGUGCCGGCUGAUCUUGGUCUGCACUGGCCGCAAAGGCAGAAUCACUUACCAGCAACAGACUAAAGGUUAAAGGUUCUUCAAGAUUCUAAUAGAUACUUAACAUGUGCUAAAAGAAGACCUUGUUUGCUUUCUGAAACUGUUUACAUCUUAUAGAAUUGUUUAAAGAUAAUUUUUGUUAUGAUUAGUAUUAUUUUAUUGUUAGAGAUGCUCAUAUUUUUUGGACUUCUUGGAACAUGUUACUAUAGUGUAUGUUCUAUUUUGGAGCAUUUUCAGGGAGGAUAUAUGUCAUAUAAUGAUGACAUCUUUUUAUGCCCCCGGCGGGAGGCAUAUAGUGAUUGUCCUGUCCGUUCGUCCGUCCGUAUGAGGUUACCCAAAUGGGACCGUUUCGUCUAGCAUCAAUACCCCUUACUAGAAUGACUUGAUACUAAUGCAGAUGUAACCUGUGACCAUUCCUCAUCUUCAAACAUCACCUGACCUCAGUUUGACCUUGACCUCGUUUUGGACUUAGGUUGCUUUGUAUUGACAAGGAUGCCACCGGGGGCAUCAAGCGUUUAUUGAAUGCAGCUUCUUGUUUUGUUAACAAAUUCUCAAAGGUUGUUUCUCUGGCAGGAGGCUUGUGGAAAAAAAUUCUCCAUUUGUUUUAGUCUCUUUUAUGCAGUAUUGGUGCUUUUAGAUAACUAUAAAUAUUUUUCAGAUAUAAUUUAUUUAAACAGUAUGAGAUUUGUGAUAAAAGUUUACUUUGUUCUGUUGAUUUAUCCUAAUAACCUAAAUUGUAUACCGGUACUUUUUGUGUUUCUGUUAAUAAAUAAAACUUGUACACUACA